UUAUUUAUUUUUGGUUAAUUUUUCUCGGGACAUCGUUGGUGCUUCGGCUUCGAUUUCAAUGGCGGGUGGUGGGAAGGUGUCCUUCAAGGUGACCCUCACCUCCGAUCCAAAGCUCCCAUUCAAAGUUUUCAGCGUCCCGGAGGCGGCCCCAUUCACAGCAGUGCUGAAGUUCGCGGCGGAGGAGUUCAAGGUUCCCCCGCAGACCAGUGCCAUCAUCACCAAUGAUGGUGUUGGAAUCAACCCACAGCAGAGUGCAGGUAACGUAUUUCUCAAGCAUGGAUCUGAGUUGCGCCUUAUACCUCGUGACAGAGUUGGUGCAAAUUAAUCAUCUUAAGCAUUAAAUUUCACUCUUUUAUAUGGGUAAAUAUUGUCACUUCUGUAUGUGUGACAAAAGUUUCAGACUUAGAGAUAUCUUGCUGAUGUAGCUAAAAUAACUCAUGUUACAUCAUUUGAUAAACAGAAAUAAAGAAUGCAUGCAUACCUUGUACUAUUAUAAUGGCUACAGCUUCUGUAAUUACUGUUUUUGAGUUUGUUGUUUCAAAUAUUUUGAUAUGAUGAAUGGCAGCUGAGUUUGUUAA